GAAGUUUUGCUCUUGUUCGGGUUAGCGCAGCAACAAUGGCCGCGUCUGAUGAGAGAUUAUGGAGGGUAAUUUAACCAAAUCAUAUUGUCAAUUGUCAAUACACUCUUUUGAGAAAAUUUUAAUUUGAUUUUACCUGCUUUGUUUUGUUAAAGCCCAGGCAUAAAGUAAAGAGUGUCAAAUCUGUCACAGAAGCGCUGUUAGCCAUCGGUAUCACCGUGGUAACCUUCAAUGUUAGCUCCUCUCAGCAGUGUCAGAUGAAGAUUUUACCAGAAACACUCAACCUUUAAUACUUUUUUCCAAACCCCGCUUUGCCAGUCUAGUGUAAAACCUUGAUUUAACAUUGUAUAAAAAAGGUUUGGCAAGCUUCUAAGCGAAUUAGUGUUCAUUUGAAGCUUAGCAGUUUUGGAUGGACACUAAUAUUUUCACAGUAGAAAAACCAGACACUCUUUAAAAGGACUAGAACCUUAACCCAGCUGUACCCACCUGGUGAAACUAUGUUAUAUUUGUUCCUACAUUCCAGUCAGUCUGUUGUCAACAGAAACACAAUAGUAGGACAGCAAAAUUCAAAUUAAUACAACUAAUUUCUGCCUUUUUUGAACAGCCACCUCGAGUUUGUGAUGACUACUGGAGUGAAUUCAGACACUGCAAAAGCUUAAGGAACCGUUUCCAUCACUAUUACACUCACGGGACCCAACCAUCCUGCCAGCAGUGGAAAGAGGACUAUCAAAACUGCAGGGAGUGGGAGCAACACAAAACCACAGAGGCCAAGGUACGACUCUUGUAAGCCAUUGUUGAAAAGACCAAACCCCUGUACCUGUGUGGCAACAUGUGUAAUUUUUGUGUGCAUUUCAGGAAGCUUUGCAGCAAAGUGAGAGGGGCAGAGUGGCAGAGCAGAAGAAGUUUACCCCUGUGUGGGAGCUGAGGCAAGACCCUCCUAAAGACUGGCACUUACCCCUGAGCCACGAGAAGCCUCAGGACACCUGAGUAGUUAUAGUUGGAGGUGAAAAUGAAGAUGCGUGGUUCUUUUCUACAAAUGGACUCGAAUAAAGUAUAUCAAGCCACACGAAGGACUGCACAUCACUUAUUGAUGCUCCCUGUGACAAUGAGAGGAGGGAUAAAUGUUCAAAGUUCUGGCAGCAUCUAGUGGUCCAUGAUAACCAUUACAGCAAAUGUUCAAUCUGUUAGUUAAACAAUAUAUCUGAAAGAAAGUGUUUGUUUAAUCUCAAGUAAUGAAGUCUAGUACAAAAGCUGGCUGCCCCUAUACUGUAUCAAGAUUUCAUGAGGUAACAUUUUCAGAUUUUUACUCCUAAUAAAAAAAACCAUUGAUUUAAUGAGGGAGUGUGUUAAAGAAAAAUAUGCUUAUAUUUUUAAAAUCUUGUAUACAGCUAUUUUUAUUUGAAUCAAACAGGAUACUUGACUGCAUGUGCCUGCCACCAGUUAUAUACUUUACCUGCACCAUAGGUUCAAUUCCUUUUUUUUGCUUUGUUAAGUUAAUACAGGUUUAUCCUAAUAUAUCAAAAUGUUGAAUAACACUGAACACAUUUGACUUAUUAAAAAGAGCACAUUUAUAUUUAUUGUUUUAUACAGAGAUGAAAAAGUGGACAUGGGUCAAUAUGAUGCCAUUUGAAAGAAUAAUUUUGCAUUGGAUACAGAGAGGACAAACGAGGUGUUUGUACAACUUGAAUGUUUAAGGGAAAGUGUCAUUCACUCCCACACACACAGGCUGUUAAAGUUGUUUACUGCCUUAAGGACUCAUGUACAAACAGGGGGCACACAAAAAAUUAAAGACAAUGAACACGUGCUGCACCAACUGUUGUUCUCUGUCCAUCACUGUGUGUAAACUUUAGUGAUAUCCACGUAUUUCCCAUCAGGAGCUUCAUAGUUUUCCUUUGGUGGCGUGAAGGUUGGACCUUCAUGAGCGAAGGGAAACAAUAGGGGGUCUGGCUUUAGCGCUGCCUGGUACAGCUCCUCAGACUCCAACUUCAGCUCCUUCAGUGCCUCCUUUUGAGCCUUCAGAGCUAGCUCAACAGACUCCACCUCAGCCAUGUGCUGCUUCUGCAGAAACAAGGACAGAUUAGCACCUCAUACGGUAUAUAUUUGACUAAAUGCACAUGAUGGGGAGCAAAGGUCAGGAGCAGCACUUAAUGUAAAAGCUAAAGUGAUGGAGGUGUGAUGGGUAAGUGGUGACCUGUUUGUAUAGACACCACUCCUUUAGCAGCAGAGCUCGACGCUCACUCUCUUCAACUGACAGCCUCGAUGUAGAGCGUUGCCUUUGUGCGAGAGGAAGAAAAACAAAACACAUUUAGAGCACUUAAAAGUCAGAGGGAACCAUUGAAAGCCGCUAAAAACAAAGUUACAGCAAGUCAAAGAGAGACAAAUGAUAUAUAAAAGAAGAUCUAUUACACAAGUGAAAAACAGUCAUCUUGUUUUACUAUAAUGUAGUGUUUUGAGAUACAUUUCUACACCCCUGGACUGUAAGCGUUCCAUUCUAAAACCUAAAAGAAGAACUUGGAUGAAAGUUUCAGCCUUUUCAACCCUGAGAGCCUCCAAGAACAACAUUCUCACAUUAAAUCAUGACCUUUUCAAAGUAAACCAAAUUUCAAUGAAAUAAACAGAUCAACAGUUUGGUCGUUGUGUCCUACAUGAAAGUUAUCUCAACAGAGUUUUGUGUCCAGCAACUGAGUUCAGAAGGCAGAGCAAAUUCAUAGUACGUGGUGCAUAUCUUCUUCACAGCUGGUUUCAGUCAAAAAGAAAUAAGCCCUAAAUUAAAAAAAAAAGAAUCAAGUCUCUGCCAUCUUAUAUUUUUUAAAACAACAAAAAUAACCCCAAUAAUCGUGUGGAUCAAUGCACUUUUAAUAGGUUUAUAACUCGAAAUAAGCAAUACAGGGCUAUGAACACAGUCAGCAGUGACAGUGUACUGUACCUUGUUUCAUCCAAACAUUUGGAAGGAGUUAUAAAGUCCUCGAUUGGGAUGAACUCUGGUGGAAUCUUUUCGAGCUUCCUCAGCUUUUUUUUCAACCUGUCUCGUACUAGUGCUUCUAUUCGAGGGUCCGCUUUCUUCUUCUUCUUCUGGGGUACCGCUCUAAAACACAAAACACAAGUCUGCCUGAGCAUGUUCUAUGUUCUAACAAGUUAUAUGUUAAUAUUGACCGGGGAAACAGAUGUCGUUGUGAUGUCAGGGAUGCAGGUUCUCACAUUGAGUUGAAAAUCAACAAUGACUUGGAUCAUAUACUUAUUAUCUUAUUGUUCAACAGUGACAUGAUUCUUCAUGUGAACAUAGACCUGUUCAAAGCUCUUUCGAUUACAGCAUUUUUUUAAGUUUUAAAGAAUAAUGCCUUGCAAUUGUAUUUUGCGAAACGUUGUUCUUAAACUGUUUGACUAUUUUGCUUUUUGAGGAAACUGCUUUUAUAACCAAUCAUGACACCCACCUGUUCCCAAUUAGCCUGCUCACCUGUGGGAUGUUCCAAAUAGGUGUUUGAUGUGCAUUCCUCAAAUUUCUCUGUAUUUUUUUGCCACCUUUCCCUACUUCUUUGUCACUUAUUGCUGCCAUCAAAUUCUAAAGUUAAUGAUUAUUUGCAAAAAAAAUAAAGUUUAUGAGUUUGAACAUUAAA